GCUACGUUAACUUCCUCUCCAUGAAAGGGAGAGUCUCUGUCUCUCUACUUCUGACGAUGCAUUCCAAAUCCAAAAAAUCUUCCUACAAUUUUCUAGGGUUUGGCACUACUCUCCGCCUGGAUCCCUUUGACUUUGACGCACAAUCAACUAUAGUUUCUUUAAAUUUUUUUGCCUAGGGUUUCCCUUACUGAAGCAAUUUCGACUUCAUAACUUCUUGGUCUUGAAGGCUUGUUCUCUUUUGUCUCAACUGGCAGUUCUCGUGUUGAAGAAUUUUGUUAAUUUUUCGAGGCAUUGAGGGCUGUGAUUUGUCGAGUGAUUGUUUGGAUUUGGACUUCUCUUUGGGGCUGGGGAUGGAUUACGGUUUUCUCUGGAUGUUUUCUGCUAUAUAGGAAUAUUGGAUUUUUUUUCCCGGAUUUUGGGGGGGGGGGUGUGAAUUUUUGAAUAUUUUGUUGCCCGACACGUUAUAGAUUUUGGAGUCUAUUGUUGUCGAUAUUGAUGGCUACUGCGGUUGAAGAGGACAUUGAGUAUGAGAGUGAUCCUGAAGAGUCCAAGAGAUCAUUGGCAAUGCGGAGGCGGGAAGCGAGUGAUGAUGAGGAGGGUGAAGGAGAAGAGCGGGAUGAAAGGGUCGAUCGUCUGGUUGGGACUUGUUCAGAAGACUCUGAUGACAAGGGUGGAGCAGCAGAGUAUGAUGACGAAGAAGAAUUGUAUGGAGCGGAGGAAGAAGAGGUGUAUGAAGAGGAAGAGGAAGAGGUUGAGGAAGGUGAUAGAAUUCAAGAAGAGGAUCUGUACGACGAGAGGGAUGGGGAAGGAGGCAUACAUGGCGGCAAGUAUUGAGGCUUCGGAGCUUAUUUCAAAGGAAUCUGAAGCUGCCUUUAGAACGCCAUUGGAAGCAGAGAUGCAUCCUGGGAAUAAGGAUAGCGAAGAGAAGAAGGAGAAUGAGCCGUUUGCGGUGCCCACAGGUGGAGCAUUUUACAUGCACGACGACCGAUUCAGAGAUAAUUCUGGUGGACGUCACAGGCAUUUACGGGGUGGAAGGAGACUGUGGGAGUCCAAAGAUGACCAAAAGUGGGGACAUGAUAAGUUUGAGGAAAUGACAAUGCAGGAAAGGCACUAUAAUGAGGGGAGGAGAGUUUCCAAGAGAAGUUAUGGAGCUCGUAGUAAAGGUCGAGGUCUUGAUCAUGGGGUGAAUGCUCAGGGAAACAGACAAGGAAAGAGCAAACCUGGCAAUCAAAGCCAGGUACUCAAGAGUAGUGUGAGAUGGAGAGGGCCACAAAGAUAUGUGCCCACUUUUAAGAGGAAUACUGGUCUGCUGCCUCAGAUGCAAAAUAAACAACCUGUGAAGGCUUCCCAGAGAAGCUCAUAUGGUAAUUCAGGGAGAACUUCUACACCCACUUCAAAUGUAGAAUCAGAUCCUAUGCUGGCUAGAAAACAAGUGGUUGCUUCAAACUUGAAUUCUGGCUCUUCCCCUUGUUAUCCUUCUGGCUCUUCCAACAGGGACAUUAUGCCAAAAGGAGAUGUUCAAACAGGAAACAGAAGCCGAACUGCUUGCCCUGGUGUUACUGCUGAAGGAUUUUCAGUUCAACAAAACAAUGCAUUACCUCGGGGAAAGAAUGCUGUUGAAUAUAUCAGCAUGGAGAAGUUGUACAUUGAUGAGUCCACUACUCCAGCUGUUGGAAUGCCUUCGAACAAUUUCCAUAUGCCACCUUCUAGAUCUUCUGGAGUUAAUGCUUCUCAAUCUUCUCAACCAAGGGCUUCAGGGAGGACUGUGGCAAUACCUGUACAGAUGAAUUAUGAGCCUUCUUCCACUCAUAUCCAAGCAAGUAAAGUUCUUCAAACACAACUCCAGGCUACUCAUAGAAGUUCUGUACCAGGGCAAACUCAAACUUCUGUGCUUGCUCCUGUACCACAGUUGGGCCAAAGUUUAGGUAGUGGAUUUCGAGCUUCCUCUCCUCCCAAAACAUCUCUGGCAACAACUUCAUUUGAUUCUGGAGAAAUAGAUGCAGCAUCAGAUUUGGGGAAAUUCAAAGAGUCUUUGGUUGGUAAGGCAAAGGGAGGUUCUCGGGGUAGUGGAAGGGGCUCUCUUCUUUAUGGUGGAGCGCAUGUUAUGGGGACUUCUGGAAAUAUGGGUGUGAGUCAUGGUGAUCAGAACUUUCCUGCCACCCCAGCCUUCUUGCCAGUCAUGCGAUUUGGUGGGCAGCAUCCUGGUGGUAUUGGAGUUCCUGCUGUUGGCAUGGCAUUCCCUGGAUAUGUAGCUCAACCUCAACUUGGUUUGGGAAACUCUGAAAUGACAUGGCUGCCUGUAUUGGCUGGUGCUGCGGGAGCUUUAGGGGCUUCAUAUGGUUCACCCUACCAUGCUGUUGACAGUGCUUAUAAUGCACGACAAUCAGGACAGACCCCUGCAGUGGCUACAUCGAGCAAGCAAAUUAAUGCAAAUAACACUAAUAACGAGUGGAAGCCACCACAGCAAACUGCAGAUCCUGUAAGUGAUGACUUGGGACAAAGGCAGAAUAAGCCUCGCAGAUAUUCAGAAAUGAAUUUUGGCCAGUGAAGUAAUUUAUAUAGGAUGCAGCUUAUUUGAAUAAGCGGACAAAGGCCUUCGAUCAGGACCUUUGUUUUCCGGCUUUUGCUCUGGAGCACUCUGGGCUGCCAAAGAAUAGAAGAAUUUCUAGUUAGACAACGCCUCCUCUUGUUGAAGACUGAAGUCAUGUAGGGGCUUGGGUAUUGUAGCUUGGCGGAUGGAGCUUUCUUGUUUAGUUGUGAGGUUUCAUGUGAUUUGUUUUUAGUGGUGAGGCUUGUGUGAAACAUGGGCUGGCUUAUCUAGAACGAUGGAUAUGGUGCAGUAGCUGAUUGCUUCGUGGAUGAAAUGUUCCCAUGUAUAGAUGGUUUUCUUAUUAACCAAGCGUGACCUUGUGGAGGAAUUAUAUAGCCUUCCGAAAUAAUCAUGACUAGUGUCUUGUUUUUUUCUUAUUUCAUUUUCCCUUUUGAUUGAGUGGACUCUAAUUCACCAUGAUUGCUCAUGGUUUUGACUUGGGAGAGACACUUGGUGGUUUGUGUUCAUUACAAAUCUCCUAAAAUACUUGUACAAAUGAAAUGUUGACUGCUUUAAUGAGAUCAAGUCACAGAAGCGCAUUUCAGGCGUAUAUAGACUAAAAUAGAAGCUAAAUCAAUAUGAAUGACGAGGAAUUACAUUGCAA